AUGGGACAGUGUGAGUUUCCAACGCAAUUACAGAACAAAGUCAUGAAUUCAACCUACGCAACCUUCAAUGGUGUAGCCUUUAGUACAAGUUCAGCUCCGCUGGUGUUCACGAACAUAAACGACACAUGGAAUUGCUAUAGUAAUGAUGGAUCAAAUAUAAUAUUUCGGACACAGAAAAAUUCUUCUAUCACAAUAAGUGGAAUAUCGUUUGUUACGCAUUACUAUCUUUGUAUACACUACGAGAUACAGAAAGAAGAAUCCAUUUUGUUUUACGUUAUUUCAGCGGACCCAGCAUUCUCCACCGAUUAUGUUCCAAUUAUUAACGGCAACUUAAGUGAUAGCUUUUGCUCGAAAUCCGUCGACAAAGCGGCAUAUCAUAUCCUGUAUAACAAAGCAAACAUAGUAUCUGCGCAGACCACGUGUGUUGAACCGUUGAUUGGAACAUUUGAGUACGGAUGCAUCGGAAGUGCGAAUGAAACGGGAACAAUUGACGUGUGCGCGAAUCAAACACAGCUGAAAAUAAACGACACCUUUUGUUCAACACAAUCAACGCUAAAGUCCGGUAGCUACUACUGUAUAGCCAACACAUCCGAAACUGUAUCGUCCGGGGGAACGUUCCACUAUCAAACAAUUUAUAAUCCGUCAACCGACAUCUUCACGUGCCUGUCCGCGACUGGCAAUACUUCUUCUCGUGUGUAUUUCACAAAGACUUCAACCACUACCGGUAGAUGUACCAGCAGCCAGUCACCUCUCAACGGAUACAACCUAACAGUCCUCACACCUACACCUGUAGAUAACGGUCAGAACCUCGGUCUGAUCAUUGGCCUUGCUGUCGGCUUGUCGGCUCUUCUAUUGCUCAUCGUUGGCGCCGUGUUGUUUUACUUUUGUGUCUACAAAAAGGAUCCGAACGCUGGAAAACCGAUUGUGGAGAAUACGAAACCAAGAUUUGAAGAUCCGGAUAAGGAAGACAUAUUACAGGACCUUGAGGUGGAGACCGCUCGCUCCACACCCGUCACCAGGGACGAGGUUACCUUUGAGGCGGUUAGCCCGAGCUUCAUCUCCAACGGCAAGGUUGCCAAUGGUCACGUGAAGAGCUUCAGCCCCGAAGGUGGCUUUAGCGCCCAUCAGACCAGCUCCCGGCGGGACUCGGGUAUCGGCUCGACGGAGAAAUCCACAUUUGGGAGCCGCCCUACACCACGAAUCGGCUUAAACGCUAGCAAAGAGUCCAUGGUGAUUUUUAACGGCGACGAGAAAGUGAUUUCGGGAAAUGACACACGAAUUGUGCCGAACACUAACCCGAAUCCCCGAGUGUUUCACAUGGAGAAUUUUGUCACUGGAGAAGGACCGUUGACGCUUCAAGGUCUCGAAGAUGAGGAAGGGGACCAGCUUGCGGAGUUGUCCCCUGGCGUUAACAAAGACAGUCUGCCUUAUCCCUCCCUGCCCAGGGAAAAAUCCAACCUUAUGCCUCCCAUAGAAACUGCUGAUCCUGAGAAAGAGAAAGACUGAAACCAGCACUGUAGCCUAAUUGCUUUCAUUAUUCAAAUUUUGGUUUGUAUAUUGUACAAAGCGAAUUGAAAACUGUCGAAAAUAUUUGCUAAAUAUUUAUUUAUUGUUUAUCAUAACCAAGUCGCGUGUUUGAGUGAAUUCAUGUGUA